GCUCUGCAGUGUGUCUCAGCCUCCUGCUGUGAGACCUGAGAAGGCAGCCAGCAUUGCCUUAGCUGUUACAUCAGGAGAGGACAGCGCAGAGUACCGACCUCAGCUCCUGCUGUAGAAACAGAGUGGAAAAGCAGUUUGCUCCCAGUGAAGACACGCAGGGCACCAUGUCACUGGCAUCCUGGUUCAGGUGGAAUGAGCCCCCAAAUCGGAUUUCCCAGAGGAACCCCACAGAGAUGGUGGUUGAGACGCUAAUGAUGGAGCUGAGCUGGCAGAUCAAGCAGGCAGAGAAGCAGCAGCGGGAGCGGGAGAAUGAGUAUCGCAAGAUCAAGACUGGGGUGGACUACGGCUGGCUGGUCAGCUACUCAAAGCAGAGCUAUGAUAUCAGCCCAGGAGAAAGGCUGCAGCUGGAGGAUAUGUGUACCAAAAUACAUCCCUCCUACUGUGGGCCUGUCAUACUCAGAUUCCGGCAACUCGUUGCUGAAUACGAACCAGAAGUGCAGGAAGUAUCUCGACUCUUCCGCUCUGUUCUGCAGGAAGCUGUUGAGAAGAUCAAAGAGGAGGAAGACGCCAAGAAGCUCGCCAAGCAAUGGAACACAAAGAACAAAACCAGCCUCUCCUUAACAACGUUUAAGUCCCGGUCCAAGAUUUCCCCAUUCAUCAGUGACAUCAAGACCAUCUCUGAGGAUGUAGAGCGGGGCACCCAGCCCACCAGGAGGGUUUGGAGCAUGCCAGAAUUCCGGAAUGCCAAGGAUUACUGACUCUGUACUGAACAAGGUUUUUAAACAGUGAUCUCUCCAAAUCCCAGUUAACCCUUUUUUUUAGCUCUACCAUUUCUUCUUCGUUCCAGCUUUCUCUUACCGUCUGCCUCUCUCAGAAGCUGUGUCCAUAGUAACUGCUGCUGAUGCCCAUGAUAUGUGACAAUUUAUUACCACACAUGCUAGCUUUUCCUUUAAUUUAGAAGUAAUCAGCAACUUUAAGGGCAAGGCUCACUUACUAUCCUAUUUUUUAUUACCUUUUUUUUUUUUUCUUUCCUGGUGGAAAAUGAAUUAAUUUUGUGAUCUCUCUCUUCUUCUCCCUUUUCCCUCAGCCUGGAUGAAGUUACCUUCUAAAGCUAUUGGCCCAAGCUAGUGAGAGCUGCUGCCUGAAUGCAAGAAGUUCCAUUUGCAUGAGAAAGGCUUUCAGGAUCAGGCCUGUGAGUUAGGGCUAGUCAGAACUGAACUUCUUUUUUCAACUAACAACCUUCCUCAGUGCUGCAGGAGAUGCAGGUAAACCCAGCGCUGCUCUUGAGUAGCAAUCCAGCUCAAGCAAAGCAGACUCAAACUUUCUGAGGUGGAAGACUAACAUAAUUCCACAGCAUGCUCAGGUUUCUUGGGUAUUUUCUCUCUUAUGCAGGCAGAACCCCUGAACCUUGUGCUUGCAGAGCAGAUAGAAAUGUAACACUGUUGUGGGUGGAUACAUCAGUUCUGUGUCAAAAGCUCUUCUUGGUCCUGUGUUCUGUGUUACUGAGGUAAGUGCUACAUCCUGUAUCCCAGUAAUAAUUCACUAAAUGACUAAUUCACUACAUGACUAAGUCUGAAAGAGUACUGAAGAAUAGUAUCAGCGAAGGGUGAAGGGAAUCAGCAUUCAUCUACAGCACUCUGUACAGCUCAGAAUUGAGUCUGUUUCAAUAAGCUGCUGUUGUGAAUGGCUGAAGGGCUCUGGUAGAUGAAGGUCCAUUCCCUCACUCUUCUCUCACGAGUGCUCAGAGGAGAGCUUUCCAGUAUUGCAGGAUGCUGGCCAGCGAGUCAACACUGUUACAGAAGAAUCUUUAAUGAAAACUGAAUUGCCUCUAGGCCAGCAUGGUUCUGCUGAGACCUUGAGUAAACAAGAAAACACCAGGGAGGAAAAGCAUCCACAGGGAAACCUCUCAUCAGGAAAAGAAAGAGAACAUCGUGCUGUAAAAAUCAUCGUUCCUGUAGAGAGAAGCCAAGGACUAGGAAAAAUUCUGGGAUCUCCCCCUAUGACUGGCUUUUGGGAAUCAUCUCCACUGUGAUGCAGCCUCCUGGAGAACGCUGCAUAGCUUUGUUGUUCUUUUGCCUGUUUCCAACUCUUUUCCCCAGGGAUUUUUGCAACAGCAUGUGAGUACUACAGCCAAAACAAAAUCCUUUGAAGCUAUGCCAACCCUGGGAACAAUUCCAGCACAUGAAAUUUAUCCUAGAGUAGAAAUGUGCAGUUUCUUCCAGAGUUGGGGGAUCACAGCAUAAAAACAAAGAUCAAGAUCAAAUCCUUAACAGUUCUCUAAGACUGUGGAAUUGUGGCUCUUUCUCACUUUCCUCUGGGCUAGCUAAGACUAAACACAAGGCUGUAGCAUCUAGCCCCUUCGUAAACACUGCUGCAGAAAAUCACUUUUAAUUAAAAAAAAAUAUCUCAGGGCUUCCAAAUACACCACUCAGUUUAGGACUGGCUACUUCAGCUCCAGGUCAACAGGGGAGAGGUUCAAGCCUUCUGACAAUCAACUUGGUGUUUUUUGGCUCUGUGUCCUUGUGAAGUGGUGUGACUGUGUGUAUGCAGUACAAUAAAAGCUUGACAUACUUAGCAUAGGCUUAAGUAUCUAGAAGUUUUGUGAUCCUAGCAAGAUGCUACCAUCUAAAAAAAACCACUGUUUUGAAAAAAGUUAACCAUUUCUUAAAUAUAUUUGCAAGCCACUAUACUUGCUGGACUGACGGCUGAAAUGGUCAUGAAUUUCCUGCUACAAUGCUGUAAUCAAUUUUUUGUACUCAAGUUUUAUUUUAAUGCCCUUGGUACUGACUGUUUUGAUGCAAUAUUUGAUAGUCUGCAGGGAGAGAAGGGACAGUCUGAUACUGACAUAAAAACUCUUUGCUACAGUACAGUGUCAGCAAUGUGCUCACUCUAGCCAAAGGAGAAUCUGGAGCAACUAACUUCCCUGCACCAAUAUACAAAGCCAAUGAAAUCACCUGAAGAGUGUUUGCAAUAUCAUCACAGCAUGCUGUGAUCAUACUGUAUCCUUCAUUAAUAACCUCCAGCUAGCAGAUACCGUUCUUGUUUUGCAGUCAGCAGAGGGAGACAAAUCUGACCUUUGGUCAAAGCCAUAUACAGAUGAGGGCCAGGCUGUGAUGGCACCUGUGACAGCUGUCAAGCUUCACUUUACCUGCCAUCUCUAAUUCCACAAUAAAAUGUAAUCCAAACUUUCAAAUAGUACCACUUUCUCCCUGUACCUCUUCUGCAAGUUACACUGGGCUCACAGAACCAUCUGAUGAAGAAGAGGAUAUUCAGGUACCAAUCUGGCCAUCCAGUACUCUGGAAGGUGUAAAACAAGCACUAUGCUUGCCUGUAGCCAGCUGACUGCAAUUUUUUGCACAGUGUAUGCACCAGCAGGUAGUGAAGCAGAGCUGGGGAGGUGCUUAGGAUAUUCAGUUGUUGCACUAUGCUUGUAACACUUGUUUUUCUUAGGAACUGUAGACUGAACUAAAUCAUUCUUUGGUCACUGUGUGCAGCAACAAGUAACUACUCAUUUUUGCUUUAUUCUAAUUCCAUGUUUUGAGUGACUGAAUUAGAAUUUCAGAUUAAAUCAGGAGUGUGCAACUCCUGGUUGUCCCCUACCUACUGAGCUAUGGUUCACAUACCUGAGCAGGGGCAAACUAGAUUGCUUUUGGAUUAAGCUAACCUAAAUGAUCUGUUGCAGCUGACUCUCAGGUUCGCAUACCUUGAAACAGGACUAAGAAAACCUCCUAACACUUGUACAGUGUGAACAUUAACCCCUUACUGACAAGUGUACCGCUCUACAGCUCUGCUUCUCCUGGAGCGCAUUGCCUACUAGUGUAGAAAAGCAUUCCUACACAACUUAGAUGAGACUGUACUGUCUUAGCCACUCUAGGGAGAGUCCAGUGAUUUAAUUCCUAAAGAAAAACGAGAAGUGAAAUAGCAGCACAAUGCCAGUAACAAACAACUAAGUAAACUGAACAAGAAUAAUUCCAAAUCCUCAUUCUUUCAAAACUGAACAAAGACUUUGGUGUCAGCCUAGAGCAUCACUGUUGCCCAAUCAGUGGUAGUGUUACGCUGUCCAAAGGACAUUGUUACACCCAGGAAAAAGCAAUCAGAGACUUUUAUCACACAUGCCAACACAUAAUGGCAACACCACUACAGCAGCUCAGGUGCACAGCUCGGCUUCAAGAGGCUGAAACACUUUUCAGAGCCCCUACUCAUCUAAGAGAGAAAAUGCAGCUCUGCUCCUACAGCCUAGACUGGCUCACAGGCUGUGGUGGCCAGCAAAAAUGUGCAGGAGGAAACUCUUCAGCUCUAUCAGCAUAUAGCUCAGACAGCUGUCACACCUUGCAGAACUGGAGUAUGCUUCACAGGAAAUACCUGUCUACUGAGAUUGCACUGUUUAUGUAUUUCAUCAUGGAACCUUAGAAAAUUAAAGCAAAGCUAUGAACUAUAAAACAAA